AUGGCACCCGAUAAGAAAUGGAUGGAUCUUAUCAAUGAUCGAAUUGGUAAUGAAUAUGGAAAAGGGGUUGAAAAGUUUUUGGACUAUGCUUUUGAGAGAUUAGGUCCUACAAAUGAAAUUCGAUGCCCAUGUGUUAAAUGUGUUAAUGUAGAUUCUGGGUCGAGAGAAUUAGUUCAGAUGCACUUGAUUGUUUAUGGAAUACUUCAAAAUUAUAGACUUUGGUAUCAUGAUGGAGAGAGGGAAGGUGAGCCUUUAGAGAAUGAAGAAGGUGAUAAUGACUUUAUGGAAGAUAUUUUAAGAGAUCUGCAUCCUCAAUAUGGUCAAUCAUCUUCAAAUGCACAAAAUCUCAGUUCACCAUAUCAUGUUGAGGAAGCAAAUGAGGAAGCUAAAAAGUUUUAUAGGCUACUUGAUGAUUCUAGACAACAUUUGUACCAAGGAUCAGGGGUGUCAAAAUCAUCAGCAUUACUGAAGUUACUCCACUUGAAGAAUAUAGGACAAUGGACAAAUGAAUCCUUUACAAUGUUGCUAAAAUUAUUGAAAGAAGAAAUAUUACCAGAAAAUUCUACUUUUUCGGAUUCAUAUUAUGAAGCUAAAAAGUUCAUUCGAGACAUCGGUCUUUCUUAUGAAAAGAUUGAUACAUGUAAAAAUGAUUGCAUGUUAUUUUGUAAAGAUAGCAAAUACUUGGACUCGUGUAGAGUAUGUGGCCUAUCUAGAUGGAAUGAUGAAAUAAAUACUAGAGAAGCAAGGAUUAAAGCUAAUGGGAAAAAAAAUCCAAAUAAAAUCUUGCGUUAUUUUCCACUAAGUCCAAAGCUGCAAAGGAUGUUCAUGUGUUCAAAAACAGCUCCUUAUAUGAGAUGGCAUUGUGAUGCAAGAAUUGACGAUGAAGUGUUGAGGCAUCCUGCUGAUUCUAUGGCGUGGAAAUCAUUUGACAAAGAAUAUACAAAUUUCUCCUUAGAGUCUCGCAAUGUAUGA